AUGCAGGAGAUUAAAAACACUCUCGCUGAGAAUUUCGGUGGUCCAGUCACGGCUCUGGGAUCACAUCAAUUCAAACUCGUCGACUGCCCGGAUCUCACGGGAAAAGUGGCUGUUGUGACUGGGGGAGUGAAGGUAUCGGCUUUGGUGUGGUUUAAUUACACCUUCCUCAAGCAUAGCAUAAACAAGGUCUAUACCCUAUCCGUCGCGGAAGAGGUCAUUAACGGAGCCAAGGAGGUCGUGGCAAGGGAGCUGGGUCAAGACAAAGCCGAUCGGAUCGUUUUCCUGCAAUGCGACCUGAGCGACUGGCUUCGCGUCAAGGAGAUAGCUGAGACUAUCAAGCACGACACGGACCGGCUGGACAACUUGGUCAACAACGCGGGCCGGGGUAUCAUGACGGCCGAGCUGACCUCGUGCAAAAAAAAAAACGCCGAGAGAGGCAACAUCGUCCGCAUCAGCAGCCAGGCCAGCAACAUGCACCACAAGGUACCGAGCGAUAUCAAAUUCGCCAGCCUAGAGGAGAUCAACACCGACCUGGGGCGGAACCAGCUGUAUAGCCGGAGCAAGCUGGCCGUCAUCCUCUACAAGCGGUAUUAUUUCGACCGCAGAGUGACUAGGAACGGUCACCUAAACCUGCUGAUGAACGCAACCCAUCCAGGUUUCGUAUCGUCGAAGCAGUCCAGGGCGGACAUCUUUGAGGCAUUCCCCAUCGGAGGCUUCGGCAUGUCUUACGGUCCCGAGCCCUUCAAGAAGGACGAGUUUGAGGGCGCCGUGCCCACCGUCUAUGCUGCGACCGUGGCCGACAAGGGCGGCCAGCACAUAUGCGCACCUGCCACCCCCGAGGCAGGAAGCGAGCUAUCGCAGAGCGAGGAGCUGGCCGAGAGGCUGAUGGAGUUGACAAGGAACGUGGUUAGGGAGAGAAGAUGGGGAGCGAAUCGCCCUGUGGCCAUGCAAACGGAGAAGGGGGACGCAGGAAGGGAGCCCGGAUUAUGA